CGAAGGUUCAGUACAAAGUUCGUAAUAAUACGCACUUACACGAGAUUGUCCAAAGACGUUUGUCAAAUGAUGAUGAGUAUAGAGAAAAGACGGAAAAUACGAAUAAGGGACCUAAACCCUCACCUUACUUGCAUGUUGUGCAAAGGAUAUUUUGUGAACCCAGUAACUAUUACAGAAUGUAUUCACACAUUUUGCAAAAGCUGCCUUGUAAGACAUAUCAGUCUAGUUAACAAGUGUCCUUCAUGUGGAAUUGUAAUACAUGAAACACAACCAGUCUAUAACAUAAGAUCUGAUAGAACAAUGCAAGAUAUCAUCAAUAAAAUUUUACCAAGAAUUGAACAUGAUGAGAGGAAGAGAGAGAAAAGAUUUUAUAAAACCAAAGGUCUUCCAUAUCCUGCAUCUCCUUUGAGAGCUCCAUUUAGUAACUCUUCAAUGCUCAAAGAACAAAAAACCAAACUACUGCCUACCAAAUCUCUGGCAAAUUUAUCAAAACCAGUUGUUAAAGCACCUAGUAUUGGACACUUACAUCACUCAACAGAUCAAAUAUCUUUACAGCUAGAAUACAGCAGUCUAGAGAAAACACUUGAUGGACUUGAAAAUGGACUACAGCCACUACCCAAGAACUUUAUUCGUUGUUCUACACACGUUACUGUUGGACUAUUACAGCGAUUUGUUGCAACUAAACUACAGUUGGAAUCAGAAAGAAUUAUUGCAAUUACACAUAAUGAGAUUGAGAUGGACAAGGAAUUUACGUUGAAAUACAUAAGUGACAAUCUGCUGGAAUCUAUGGAGCGUUUGUACCCAUUAAAGCUAAAGUUCAAACCRAUAGAUUUAAUAUGACUUCUCAAACUUUGCAUUGUUAUUUACAAAAGCUAAAACCAUACUAUGAUCAUACUCCAUCUCAAUCCUCAAACUUUGAUCUAUUUAAUAUUCCAUGUAGUGACUGAAGCUUGGGAAUCGUCUAGUUGAAAUAAAAGGUUAAUUUUUA